AUGUCGCAGGAAAGCAAAAUCAAAACAGCCGCUCAUUUAGUGUCGGAGAAAAACCCCUUGGGUAUUCGACCGUGCUGUGCUUGCCCUGAAACGAAGGCUGCGCGCGACGACUGUUUCCUCAAAUUUGGCCACAGUGUUGAGGAACAUGGCGAAAGCGCACGAAAGUGCGAAGAGCUUGUGAAGCGCCAUAAGGAAUGCAUGGCGAAUUUGGGCUUUAAUAUCUAG